UGUGCAAUACCGCCAUCUAAAGGACUGGAGUGUAGCACUCCCGUUUCCGGUUCACAGCCUUCAAAUUAACAAAUGUGUUUAUUCCCUUGACUUCCUUCUCGUGCAACUGAUACUCCUAUGUAUGCGUAGCGUAUUAAUGUAAUGAUACAGUUCGGAAUGACGUUGUUAGAAUAAAUUACAAACAAGCACAGACAUUUAGAAAAAGGUUGCUCCGACGCAAAUUUACGCUACUUCCGGUUUGGAAGUGUCACAAUAAAAGUCUAAACUCAGGGCGGAUAUCAUGUGCUACGGGAUUAAAAGGUCGACACUGAUUAAUUGCAUCAUAUCUCUUGAUAGAGUGGUCGGUGUCAAGGUUUACUAAAACAAUAGACAGGGGUGACGCAGUCACUGCAGUGUCGCUAACUGCUGCAUUUAGACGCCCGGAGCCGUAACAACUGUAUUUGGGUAAUGGAGAAAGCCAAACAAGAUGCAUUUGACCGUGCAAGGCUCGAGGUGAUUAAAGAUGGCUACGAGAGAGGCUUUGAGUGCAUCAACAAAGGUCUGACAGCCGAUGAAGCCGGAGACCCGAGCCAGGCUCUGGAGCUGUACAAGAAGGGUCGACACCACCUUCUCCGGGGCAUCAGCGUGCCCUCGCGGGGCGAUGAAUGCACAGGCAGCUCCUGGGAGUCGGCCCGACAGAUGCAGAAGAAAAUGCAGGAGACCCUCAACAACAUCACCACUCGUCUCGCCAUACUGGAGACCGCUACCGCCGCAGAGGGGCCCGCCGAGCAGCCUUCUGAAAGCCUCUACCCAAAAAUACCAGCCAAAGAAAAGCCGCAGAGGCCCCGCCCUCCGCUCCCAGGGAGUGAGCAUCCCCCGGCGUACUCGCCCCAAGCUGUCGAGGGUCACCUCUCCAUCUCGUACGGGACCGAAUCAGGCGAGCUUUCACUGGUGGGUGACGAGUUUUACAGCCGGACGUCAACCUCCUCGUCGUCCCCGCAGAGCAUGGGCGAGGACGCGGAGGAGCUGCUGUGCAUCCCUCAGGGCGUGCAGAUAUUCUUCGUGACCCCCGAGGGCCAUGUGAGCGCCCCCUCCUACCCGGGCUACCUGCGACUGGUCAAGUUCACCAGCGAUCACUCUGAGACGAUGCCCGACAGACCUCCAGCUUUCCUGCAGGUGUGCGACUGGCUGUACCCGCUCGUGUCGACAAACUCCCCGGCCUUGCUGUGCAACACCGGAGUGUUCAUGUUCCCCGACAUGAUGGCGCCGGCGCCAGGCCAUUUUGUGGGAGUGGUUCUGUCUUCUGAGCUGCCUGCUGCCGACAGAGAGCUGUUCCAGGAUCUGCUGUCUCAGAUGACAGACCUCAGGGUUCAGGCUCCUGUUGAAGCCGCCGAGCAUGAUAAUCUCAGCCACAAAGUGCCCAUUGUUACGCCGGAAGAAACCGAAGCGGCGGCGGAGGAGAAGUCAGCGGAGGAGGCAGCGGCGGCAGAGGGGGACGACCAGGCUCUACCCGCAUGGAGCGAGACGGUGGCCAGUGGCAUCCUGACCGGCGCGUCCUGGUUGAGCUGGGGUCUGGUCAAAGGAGCCGAGUUCACAGGCAAGGCCGUCCACAAGGGGGCGUCUAAACUCCGAGAGCACAUCACACCCGAGGACAAGCCGGCCCACGUCAGUCCCACCGUCACCAAAGGCCUUCAUGUUGCCAAGCAGGCCACGGGUGGAGCUGUCAAAGUCAGCCAGUUUCUAGUGGACGGCGUGUGCACUGUCGCCGGCUGCGUGGGCCGGGAGCUGGCGCCGCACGUGAAGAAACACGGGGGGAAGCUCAUUCCGGAGUCCAUGCGGAAAGACAAGGAUGGGCGUUCGAACAUAGACGGUGCCAUGGUGGUGGCCGCCAGUGGAGUGCAAGGAUUUGCCACCAUGUGGACCGGUUUGGAGGUGGCGGCCAAAAACAUUGCGACGAGCGUGGCGUCAGAGACCGUCACUACGGUGAAGCACAAAUUUAGGGGUCUUCAAAACAUCUUAGACCCACCUAAUGGCAACAAUUGAUGAUUAAAACAAAGCGAUUUAACUCUUUGCACUAACAACAAGCAUGACAUGAGCCUCUUUUUAAAAAAUAAGUGAAUUCAUUGCCUUUUCCUUACUUGUCAUAGCAAUAAUUAUGUUCAUUGAGAUUUAUAUUGUAAUUAAUGAGUCGAGGUAGUGGGGGCCAAAGUAUAUGCAUACACGUUUUUUUUGUUACCAUAAAUCAUUAAAUUCUUAUUAAGUCCAUGGCCACACCAUUACGAAUAUUUUACGACGCAACUUCUUUGUAAAAAUAUAAUCUCCAUCAGCACCAUUGGCAUUUAAAAUAAAUAAAUAAAAACAUAUCUGUCCACAAUAAAGUCACACUCCCCAGCUUUCAUGCACAUGUUGGCCACUUGGCCUGUGCGUGUUAUGAGAGCCAAAACACCAUUGACUGCAUGGAAAGAAAUCAGCACCCGUAAGUCAAUAACUUCAUUAAAGUACAGUCGUAGCUCGGUUUGAAAAAUUGCGACAACAACCUGAAUCAUACGAAAACCAAUGCAACAUUUUCUUAAAGAAAGAAUCCAUUCCAGACUAGGGAUGGGUACCCAAUUUGGUUCUUUUAUAGGCACUGACCAAAUUCUAUCAAUACUACCGGGUAUUUAUUCACGUAAAAUCAAUCUAAAACAUUUCGUUAUCUUUUUUUGUCAGACUAAACACCGGCUCAAACGCUUGGCAAGGAAACACUACUCACUACGUGUCCAUGCAGUAAAUUCGUCUGAUUUGUGAAACUUUUUUUUUUUGUAUUUUUUCACCGACAAGUGAAGUCCAAGUGUCCAUGCACUCUCUCGAAUGCGACUAAUGGUUAUCGUAUUUUUCGGCGUAUAAGUCGCACCAGCCGAAAAUGCAUAGUAAAGAAGGAAAAAAACAUAUAUAAGUCGCACUGGAGUAUAAGUCACAUUUUUUGGGGAAAUUGAUUUGAUAAAACCCAACACCAAAAAUAGACAUUUGAAAGGCAAUUUAAAAUAAAUAAAGAAUAGUGACCCAACAGGCUGAAUAAGUGUACAUUAUAUGAGGCAUAAAUAACCAACUGAGAACGUGCCUGGUAUGUUAACGUAACAUAUUAUGGUAAGAGUCAUUCAAAUAACUAUAACAUAUAGAACAUGCUAUACGUUUACCAAACAAUCUGUCACUCCUAAUCGCUAAAUCCCAUGAAAUCUUAUACGUCUAGUCUCUUACGUGAAUGAGCUAAAUAAUAUGAUUUGAUAUUUUACGGUAAUGUGUUAAUAAUUUCACACAUACCGUAUUUUUCGGACUAUAAGUCGCAGUUUUUUUCAUAGUUUGGCCGGGCUCCAGUGCGAUUUAUAUAUGUUUUUUUUUCCUUCUUUAUUAUGCAUUUUCGGCAGGUGCGACUUAUACUCCGGUGCGAUUUAUACUCCGAAAAAUACGGUAAGUCGCUCCUGAGUAUUAGUCGCAAACUAUGGAAAAAAACUGCGACUUAUAGUCCGAAAAAUAUGGUAUACACCAUGUGCCUCCUGUACACUAUGGGGUGCUUAUUUCAUUUUAGCCCGGAUAACUGAAUUACUUUUCCGGUUGACCUAUGAUGUCACGAACUAUGAUGUCACUCUCGGAUUUGCGGGUCUUUACAACUUGUUUGUAAUAUUGGCACAGAUUACAAAUAUUACGUCUCUAAUGGCUAGCAAACAGUGUCAAGAAAUUAUCUUGGAUUGCGCUACGAACAUGACGCCACUACCAAGAAUGUAUCGGGGCGAAUGCAGGUCCGAAGCAAAGAAAGACAGGCGGAAGAGUUUUUUCGAUACGCAUGGUAUUCUUUGUUCGGACACACCUUUUACGCGUGCAAACAGACUAGUUUGUUCCAUGCAAUUUUUGAACGUACGAUGACCAAGACAGAAUACGAAAACCAGGGCAAAAUUUGGCCAAAAUCUUUUGCCAAAAAGCGGGGCUUACAACAUCUAAGGCACGGCUGUACUUGUGGUCUGUGUUAAGUAAGGUUUAAAAUCAUGGCAAUAUGUCGCAUAGGUCCUUGUAAACCAGUCCAUACACAAACAUCGAGAGUACUUAAAGAUCUUCACCAUCGAGCACAAUUUCUAGGGAGUAAAUAUUUGUGGACAAAUACAGUACAGGCCAAAAGUUUGGACACACCUUCUCAUUCAAUGCGUUUUCUUAUUUUCCAUGACUAUUUACAUUGUAGAUUGUCACUG